CGGUAAACUGUAUUUACAGCGGAAGGGAACCGCUAUGGGGAGCAAUGUUGCCCCCACAUACGCCAAUAUUUACAUGAGGAAUUUUGAGGAACAGUUCGUCUAUGUAUCUCCCCACUCCAGAUAUUUACUGGAGUGGUGGAGGUACAUAGAUGAUAUUUUUAUUAUCUGGACUGGUAAUUUAACAGAUUUGUUAUCUUUUCAGGGUUAUUUAAACAGCAGACUAUCGGACAUCAGUUUCACCCUGACACAUUCAUCUCAAUCGGUCAGCUUCCUAGACGUUUUGGUGACAGUAGAAAAUGGACAUUUAACAACUGACUUAUUUACCAAGGACACAGACAGGAAUACCAUACUCAGACAAAGAGGAUAUCCAGAUGAACUUUUAGAGAGACAGAGACGGAGAGUGACAAUUGGCAGAGACGGACAAGGACCUAUAAGGACACAAAGCAGACGGAUAGCAUUUGAGGACAACAAAUCUCAGAGACAAACUCGUGGUGGCUGAUAUUUCAAAAAAGACUGGGGGAACACAAAAAUACAUCUCGGUGGACAGAAAGGGUUGCUUUCCGUGUAGAGUGUGUGUCAACUGUAAAUAUCUAGUGAAAGGUGAAAAAUUCCAACACCCUAUUACACACCUUGAGUAUCCUAUCAGUGUACUGAUGUGGAGACCUCCUCGCUCACCGGAUAGUACAGUGGAAGAUAUAUAUUUAUGAUGUAAUAUUGCUCAUUAAUAAAAUUGUUGAUACUUACAUCAUCG